UGCUUCAGAGCCAUCAGGUAACCCAACUGGAAACCCAAGUGGAGGUGCUUCAGAGCCAUCAGGAAAACCAACAGGUAACCCAACCGGAACCCCAACUGGCGGUGCUUCUAAACCUUCUGGAAAGCCAACGAACGCAACAGGUGCUGGUUCUGGCUCUGGUGACUCCGAAGCUAAUGCACCUACUAAUGAGCCAUCCUUGCCAUUGCAACCAAGUGGAUCUUCUACUUCUGCUGUUUCCACAUAUGAGGGUUCUGGUUCCAUUAUCAAGAUAUCAUCCUGCGCUAAUAUUAUUUUGUGCUUAGCGAUGUUGGUUACAUUUUAG